AUGCUUAAAGAUCAUGAUCAUGCACCCGAAGCAUAUAGGGCAACAGUUACAGAUGUUAUGAAUGAAAUGGAAAAAAGAUCUUUUAAAGCUUUCGAAAUGUGGUGUUGGAGACAAAAUGGAAAAAAUAAUUGGGCAGAAAGAAUAACAAAUAAAGUUGUACUAACUCAAAGUAAACAAGCCUAUGUAGCGUUCAUUGACUUAGAAAAAGCUUUUGACAACGUCAAUUGGGAGAUAUUAUUCAAUAUUAUGAAAACCAUAAAUAUCGAUAUUAAAGACAGAAGAAUUAUUCAUAAGUUACACUUAAAUGAAAAGGCUGUGAUAACAGAUAAAAGAAGCAAAGCAUGGGAAGAAGCAAAUAUUGAAAAAGGAGUUAGACAAGGGUGUAACUUAUCACCAACACUAUUUAAUCUGUACAUUGAAAACACUCUAAAGCAAUUAAGAGAAGAAAAAAAUGGAGGAAUUAAAAUUAAUGGUAUGCUAGUACAAAUGUUGCGCUUUGCAGACGACAUAGCAUUGAUUGCGGAAAGUGAAGAAGCUUUAGGCAACAUCAAGCAGAAAUUGCUUUCGAACAUAACGAUUGAAAAUGAGAAGCUGGAAACUGUUCAAUGUUUUACAUAUCUAGGAAGUAAAAUAACACAUGAUGGAAGAAGCGAAAUGGACAUAAAGAGCAGAAUAGCACAAGCAAAACAGGCAUUUUACCAAAAGAAACACCUAUUAACGGCAAACACUGUUAGCUUAAACACCAGGAAAAAUCUUAUAAAGAGUUUUAUAUGGACUAUAGCCCUCUAUGGGGCAGAAACAUGGACGAUAUUAAAAGCGGAAAUAAAAAAGAUUGAAGCAUUUGAAACAUGGUGUUGGAGAAGAGCACUGAAAAUUUCUUGGACAGAGAAAGUUAAAAAUGAGGAAGUAUACCUAAAAAUGAACGAACAAAAAGCAAUAUGGACGACAAUCAAAGAAAAGAGGAAAAAAUGGAUCGGCUAUAUUAUGAGAAAUAAUGAAUGGAUAAUAACAGAAGGAAAAAUAGAAGGAAAAGCUGGAAAGGGUAGACCAAGAACACCAUUUAUGAAACAGAUCAUAGACGAUAUAGGGGAAACCAACUAUAAGGAACUAAAAGUAGCUGUAAUGGAUAGGGAUAAGUGGAGAGCCAUCAAAGUCAUUUAA